ACCUAACCUGUGAGGAAAAAUCGACAAGUGUCUCUCGACGAGACCUUGAAACACAGAAAAUUUAUAUUUGGUACAUGUGCGAGUCCGUGACACAUUCGGUGCGCGAUACACGGCGCGUUGUUUUAUUACACCAAAUUGCAAAGCUCUCGUUAAUUAAUUUAUUCCGCUAGCUUCGAUCUCACUUGUGUUACGCGAUAUUUUGUCUCAAGCCAAAGAAAAAGAAGUAGCUCGCAGCAAAACACCGAUUUUUAUUUUUGGUUAAGUUCUCGUAAUGUGAUAAAUUUGCAAACUCACGAGAAGAGCGAUUUUUUGAAAAACUGCAUGCGUUUAAAAACCUGGCAAACAUGUGGGCGGACACUAUUCUAAUUUUGUUUAUCAGCAUAUGCACGGCGUUAUUGGGCGAAGGAUUGACAUGGUUAAUGGUGUACAGAACCGAAAAGUAUCAGAAGUUAAAGGCCGAGGUUGAGAAACAGAGUAAAAAAUUGGAGAAGAGAAAAGAAGCGCAUGGCGAUUCGUUGGAUAAGCAGCAAAAGAAAAAAAUCGAACGAGAGGAGGAAAGAUUGAAGAAUAACAAUCGAGAUCUGUCCCUCGUGAAAAUGAAGUCGAUGUUCGCCAUUGGAUUUGCGUUCACGGCACUUUUGAGCAUGUUCAACAACAUAUUUGACGGACGAGUUGUCGCCAGAUUGCCGUUUGUUCCCAUCAGUUGGAUACAGGGUCUGUCGCACAGAAACUUGCCGGGCAACGAUUACACGGAAUGCUCCUUCAUAUUUUUGUACAUAUUAUGUACCAUGAGUAUCAGACAGAACAUACAGAAAAUGCUCGGUUUCGCACCAUCCAGAACGGCGAGCAAGCAGAGUGGCAGCAUCUUCGGACCUCCACCUCAACAAUUUAAAUAAACAAAUCACGUCAUUGUAGAUAUGUACACUUCCUGCUCAAUUAUGAACAUGUUUACUUAUAUUUAAUUGAUCUUUACAAACUUUUAUCCAAAUACCUUGUAUCUUACAUUGCAUUCUCUGUUUUUAAAAGACAUUUCCAGAUUUUCAACACAUGUGCGUGUGUAUCUUUUUCCUACUACUUAAAUAUAAAAUAUAUAUAUAUACACACAUA